AUGGGCGACGCCUUGGGCGAGGGAGCGCCCGGUGCGGACCCCGAGGAGGCCGAACUGGUCCAGCUGGUGCAGCAGCUGCGCCGUUCUUGCGACAUCCUUGCCCAGGCCAAGUGCCAGCAACAGCUCGACAGCAUGCGAUCCAGCUGCAGGCAGCAGCCCCUGUCCGUGGACGUCGCCAGCAUCGUGGCUGGCGAGGUUUCGGAGCUCACGGACAUGCAGGAGGUCAAGCGCUGCCAGGUCAAGGCGAGAUGGGCCAGUUUGGCAUCUCGGACCACGCUGCGACUCGGCCAGCUACUUUGGGGAGUGCUGCCAGGCAGGUCAUGGGGCUUUCUCCAGGUCGCGGGCUGCCUUGCCCGCCUGAUCAAUUGGCGGACUUUCGACGGGGCCAGGCAGCGCGUCCGUCCUGCGAAUUGGAUUCGAGCGGACCUGGAGUCGAGCGCCAUGCUCCGCUUCGCGACGCUCAACGGCUUCGAGGGCACUCCGGCGGAGUGGGGCGAGGAGUACGAGGGCUUGUGCGAGGAGUGGAAGAUGGAACCCAGCAGGGGCUUCACCGAGGACGUGUUCGCACGCCUCGUCAACGACGAAAGCGAGAGGGGCUGCUACUGCACGGACCGCGACCUCCAGGCC